AUGAAGCGAGCGCAACUCCAAGCGCUUCGUGCUGAGUUUGAAACUCUACAUAUGCAAAACAGUGAGUUGGUGACUGAGUAUUUCUCAAGGGCGAUGGCUAUCGCAAAUAAGAUGCGAAUUAAUGGAGAAAAGCUGGAGGACGUUACCAUCAUUGAGAAAAUACUUCGCUCGAUGACAGCAAAGUUCAACUAUAUCGUUUGCUCCACUGAAGAAUCCAAGGACAUUGAUACUCUUUCUAUUGAUGAAUUGCAAAGUUCUUUGUUGGUUCAUGAACAAAAGUUAAAUCAACAAGACAAGGAAGAGUUAGCAUUGAAGACAACGACUUUCUCAAACGGAGCAGAUCAUGAGAAAGGCAAAUGGAAGGGAAAACACUGGCAUCACAAAAAGGAAAAGAUCAAAUCUGGUGAUUCUCAAGGAAAAGGGAAAAGAAGGUCUAACUUUGCAGAGACAAAGGAAGAUGCAGAGACAAAGGCGGAAGAAGAUGUUUCUCUCUUGAUGGCAUAUACUUCUAGAGAAAGAGUUUCUGCUAAUUUAUGGUAUCUUGAUACCGGUUACAGCAAUCACAUGUGUGGACACAAAGUGGCGUUCUCAGAAUUGGAUGAAACUUUUCAAGAUACUGUGAAGUUUGGAGAUAAUUCCGCUGUCUCUGUUAUGGGAAAAGGGAAGGUACAAGUCACAACCAAAGACAACUCCAUUCUUACUAUCAGUAAUGUCUUUUAUGUUCCUGCUUUAAAGACAAAUUUAUUGAGUGCUGGACAACUUUUAGAAAAGGUGUAUGAGCUUAAUAUCAAAGGUGGAGUUUGUCAAAUAUGA